CCACUUAGUGGAGGACCCAGCAUACAGUAGGUGCUCAAUAACAGAGGCUACAAAUACAAGCAUCCUUUGUGUUAGAGUCUCAUCCGUCCUGAAGACAGAGUGUGCAUUCCAUUAUUUCAACAGCACGUGAAUUCCCUGCAGACACAUGUGGAUGGCGGAUGGCAGCGGUCAUGCAUGGCGGGGCGAAGGCGUGCAAGCCUAAGGCAGGCCUCGGUGAGGAGGUGGUAAACUAUGACCUGAGCCAAAGGCGGGCGCCCAGCUGACUUAGCCACCCAGGCACCCCGGGGAGGCGACAUUUGAACAGAGUGACUGAGGCUCACAGGAUAGAGUCCAUUGUCCAGGCAGGGCUCUGCCCCUUUCACAGCCUCUGCUGAGUUGCCUCAACCUGCCCUCAAGGGGCUUCCUACUCCCCACAGUGUCAUCCCAGCUGCUUGGCGUCCCUGGUGCUGAGUAAACAGUGCAGAGAAGCGACCAGUAACUGGGCCCAGGAGACCACAGUGUAUCCCCACCUACAGCUGCAGUCCCAGCCUCCCAGCUUCUGGAAGCAGGCAGUCCACCUCCACACUUUCAGAUGGACUCCAGGAGCUCCCAGCCAGGGGAGCAAGACGUGACAGAGGCAGGGGCUGCGCAGGAACUUCGGUGGGUGGAGCUGGGCUCUGAGGAGGCCCUGGGAGCUGGGACAGAAGGUCCCAGUGCCCAGCAAGCCAGGGGGCGCCUGCUGCAAGCCGUGUGGUGGGGUCAUCUGGGCCUGGCAACAAAGCUACUGCGUCAAGGGGCCAGUGUGGAGGAGAGGGACCACACGGGCAGGACCCCGCUCCACCUGGCCGUGCUGCGCGGCCACGUGCCCCUGGUGCGUCUCCUGCUGCGGCGCGGGGCGGCGGUGGCAGCUGCCGACCGAGCGGGGCGCACACCUCUCCACGAGGCCGCCUGGCACGGGCACUCGCGGGUGGCCGAGCUCCUUCUGCGGCGCGGGGCCCCCGCGGCGGCGCGCUCGGGGGCCGGCCUCACGCCGCUGCACUGGGCCGCGGCGCUGGGCCGCACGCUGCUGGCGGGGCGCCUGCUGGACGCGUCGGGACCGGGCCCCGCGGCGGCGGACGCGCGCGGCUGGACGGCGGCGCACUGGGCGGCGGCAGGCGGCCGGCUGCCGGUGCUGGAGCUGCUGGCGGCGGAGGGCGCGGGCCUGGACGGGGCCCUGACCGUGGCGGCCGCGGCCGGGCGCACGGCUGCGCUCCGCCUCCUCCUGGCGCGCGGGGCACGGGUGGACGCCCGGGACGGCGUGGGGACCGCGGCGCUCGGCGUAGCGGCGAGCCUGGGCCGCAGGCAGGACAUGGAGGUGCUGCUGGACCACGGGGCAGACCCCAGCCUCAAGGACAGGCACAGUCGCUCUGCACUCCACAGGGCUGCUGCCGGGGGACACCUGCCCGCUGUCCAGCUGCUAGCAGCCUGGGGAGCAGAGGUGGAUGCUCGCGACUCGCUGGGCCUCACACCUCUACACCACGCUGCUCGGGGAGGCCACGCAGAGGUGGCCAGCCACCUCCUAGACAGGGGAGCGCAGGUCAAUGCUGCUGGAUGGCUCCACAAGACCCCCCUUCACCUGGCCAUGGAGCAUGGCCACAGCCCCACUGCAGAGCUUUUGCUGAGCCGAGGGGCUAGCCCCACCCUGAGGACACGAUGGGGUGAAGUGGUCCAGGACCUGCUGUCUGAGGGGGCCUGCCCUAGGCAUUGCCCACCCUAUGCAGAGAGGAGUGGGAGGGGCGCAGAGCCCCAGAGACCCAGAGCUGGACAGAAGUCUUCUGGCUCCCACGGUCUUCAGUGUGCACCAGUUCCUCUCUUAUGGACCGAGGCUGCCUGCCUCCCUGAGGGGAGGACAGCAGAGAGGUUCCCAGAAGAGAAGGGGGGCAGUGACUUGAGCUCCACUAACGGACCUGGGACUGCUCCGCAGCCCCCUGGGAUCGUCUCCCCUGCAGCUGCAGCCUCCUCCACACACUGCUUUAGCAGAGACCAAGUCGUGGCAACAGAUUUGACUGACACCUGACAGUUUCCCGUGUCCACCAUGGGGUUGUCACCCUCAGCUGCUCUCGCUGUGACACGGGGACGUUCUGUGUUUCGUCCAUUAUAUCUGGUAUUUGCCUGUUGGCACCUUUUUUUUUUUUUUUUUUUUAAGAUUUUACUUGUUUGUCAGAGAGAGGGAGAGCGAGCGAGCACAGGCAGACAGAACGGCAGGCAGAGGCAGAGGGAGAAGCAGGCUCCCUGCCGAGAAAGGAGCCCGAUGUGGGACUCGAUCCCAGGACGCUGGGAUCAUGACCUGAGCCGAAGGCAGCUGCUUAGCCAACUGAGCCACCCAUUUUAAAAAAAGAUUUUAUUUACUUGAGAGAGAAAGAGCAUAAGAGGGGAGAGGGUUAGAGGGAGAAGCAGACCCCCUGCCAAGCUGGGAGCCCGAUGCGGGACCCCAUUCUAGACAUCCAGGAUCAGGACUGCCAAGGCAGUUGCUCAACCCACUGAGCCCCCCAGGUGCCCCGUUGGCAUCUCUUUAUCACAGGGCUGAACUAAUGGGCACAGUUGUUCACAUCACCCCUGUGAUCCAGGGCCCGCUCUCAGAACCGCUGUCUUCCUCGCACAAACCCAGGUGAUACUCCUCCAUCCUAAAUUAUCUAAGGUCAGGUACCAGACAACAGGGACAGGCACUAUGCACCAAGGACCACUGGGAUUCUCAGUCAAGCCAAGGCAAACUGUUUCCCUUGCCGGGUCUUCCCUGUAAGACCCCAACAGAGGUUCUGGCCCAAGCUUUUUGCUCCUUCUUGCUUCUGGCUCUGGAGGACACUGGUGCCUCUCUGCAUGGCACAGCCUCUCCUCGCAGGAAAUGCAGGUAGUAAAGAAUGUUCCUCAAUGAUGUCAGCCUCUCCCUGUCAUUACUCAGCCAUCUCUCUAAGUUAAAACUCCUGUGGCUGUGGCACAGCUGAAACAGAUGAUCGGUUGUUUGAUGACCCACCUCCGGAUCCUCAUAGAAAAUCAUCAUCAUAUGCAAUUUAAAACUAUAGUUUUUCUGAGAACAGCUUUACGGAAUGGAUCUCAUUUUUCGAAAGUGUGAGUUCUGCCAAAUAUUUUUAAAAAGAUUGUAUUUAUUUAUUCAUGAGAGACAGAGAGAGAGAGACAGAGGGAGAAGCAGGCUCCCCACUGAGCAGGGAGCCAAACGAGUUGUGCCAAAUUAGCACCUUGGCCCACAGGCCACGGAAAUGCUUGGAUUGACACCCAGGGUAACAGGAAGCCUUGAAGGAGUCUGUGAAUGUGACAUGGUCUGAUCUGCUUGGAACUGGCCAAACACACAGCCACCUGCUCCUGAGGAAGGAGGUCCAGGGAAGCCAGGAAGAUGGUGGCACCUCAGCAGCAGGGGUUGGGAUAAGCAGGCAGAAUCAGGCUGAUUCUGUAGGCAGAGUCCCUUGGACUUGAUGACGGGCUGGGCGUGGGAGGCAAGGUAUGAGGGGACAGCAGUGACUCCCGGUGAGACCCAGGCCCGAGUUGGGGAUGUCGGCGAUAGACCUUUUACUCCAUGGGGAGAGCAGCCCCACAGGAGACGACAAGACGGAAAAGGGAGGGCUGGAAUGACAUCUCUGGGAUCCUCCCUGAGAAUGGUCUCCGGAGGUGCAGGAUGGCCCUACACCGAGCUGGCAGCACAGCCCAUGGGCUCUACCUUCAAGGCACAACCAGCACCCAAGUGCCUCUCAGCGCCUCCACUGGGUCAGCUAAGGCCUACACCACCAUAGGCUUCAUGUGGGACACAAUGUUGCCACAGCCCAGCCAGCUCCCAGCCCAACUGGUCUCCCUGCCUAAGCCCUGGCCACCCCACAGUCUUCCCUAAACAGCAGCUAGCAGCUCAUUUAAAAAGUUGGUGGUGCUACUCUCCUGCUCCAAAUGUCCCCCUGACUCCUUUCAUGAAAGCAAAAACCAAAUGUGGGAUAUUGUAUUGCUCAGAUGCCCUAGUGACCUCACCCAGCUCACAUGCUCCUCCUACCGUGGGAUUUCCAUGUGCCUCCUGUGAAAAUUAGUAACAGAGGGGUGCCUGGGUGGGUUAAAGCCUCUGCCUUCAGCUCAGGUCAUGAUCCCAGGGUCCUGGGAUCGAGCCCUGCAUCAGGCUCUCUGCUGGCUCUCUGCUUCCUCCUCUCUCUCUGCCUGCCUCUCUGCCUGCCUGUCAUUGGUCUGUCAAAUAAAUAAAAUCUUAAAAAAAAAAAAAGAAAGAAAAUUAGUAACAGAAAGCCUCACUAUAAUGUAGCCGGGAGGCUCAGGGUAGAGGGCGCCCUCCGGCCCCACCACUCAUCAACUGCUGACCCAACCAGAAGAGGGACUCUGCAAGUGGGUGUUAGUUACUUCCACUACCCCCAGCAGGAGGAGGAGAGGCUUUCCUCGUCUGCCCAGCAACAGCCCAGCCAAUGAGAGACUGUCGCAACCUAGACCAUGAGAGACAGCCAUAAUUUAGCCAGUGAGAGACUUUCACAGCCCAGCCAAAGAGAGGGACACCUGGGUGGUUCAGUCGGUGAAGCCUCUGCCUUGGGCUCAGGUCAUGAUCCCAGGGUCCUGGGAUGGAGCUCCACAUCCGAGUCCCUGCUCAGUGGGAAGCCUACUUGUCCCCCUAACCGCCCCCACCCCCGCUGUGACCUCUCUCUCAAAUAAAUAAAAAAUCUUUAAUAAAAGAGACAGCUACGAUUU